AUGAACUUGGCAAGAAUCAUCAUUUUCAUCCUCGUUAUCACGGAGUACAAACCCUGCGUCGGCGCCUUUGAGAACCAAACGGAAACGUCUGCAGUAGGAGAACUCCUCCAUAGGACCCUGAGCGAAAUUUUAUCAGGCCCUCUCAAGGGACGGAGAGUGACAGUCGUGGUGGACGAGGACCAAGAAAUCAGGGCCGUUGUCGAUACAGGCAAGAAGUCGUCUUGGGGGAUAUCGGAGCCAGUAUCUCUCGUGCGCCUGCCUGUGGCCAUUCCCGAAAAACGGGGGAAAUUUGAAAACAGGACCGGCAGUUUUCAAGGACUGGUCCCUUUUCCGUUGGAAUCUGGUGCUGUUGUGAUCAUCUUCACACCAAUAGAUUUAUGGUGGUUCUUGGACUUCCCUCCAGUAGAAUGGUCAUUAUCAGCUGUACUGAUAAUGACACCGAACUCCUGCAGUCCUUCAGACUUGCUACGUAUACCCUUAGCCACAACGUCCCCUUCAUUAGCCCUGAUCUGUCCUUCAAGCUCCCGAAAGGCACUAGUUUCCAAUGACACUUCCCUUCAGGUCUGGACCUGGACGCCAUUUGCUUCGGGUCGUCAGCUGGUGCACCUGGGACCCUGGUCCUCUAAAGUCUUUGGAACCUGGAAACACCUGUUCAUCGACAGGUUCAGCGACAUGACACAGAAAGAGAUCUCUAUCCUGUGCCAGACGAAGGACAGGCCUUUGAUCUACACCGACUCUUCAGGAGUACUGAAGGGGCUGAAUUUCAAUAUCAUGAAGGCUCUGUCGCGAUGGCUAAAGUUCGAGAUAAAGUACACACUUGAAGGAAACGUCAGGUGGACCACGAUGACGGACUUAGUGCAAACUGGGCAAAACGACCUGAUGCUCAACUACGCCACUCUAACUCCCGAGAGGAACAGGGAUUUCGACCUCACUGUUCCUUAUUAUAGAGAAGGGUUUGGUCUCAUGCUCGAAGUUCCACCGCCACUCCCCAGGUGGCAGAACAUCCUUUAUCCCUUCUCUUGGAUCGUUUGGGUGUCAGUGGCUGUGUCAAUCAUCACCUCGGGAGUCACACUCCACCUCCUCAAUCAUAAGUUCCAGAAAUCCUUGAUCACCAACAUGAUCACCGUCCUUCAGAGCAUCAUUUCUCGACCCCUGGAAAAAGUUCCCCCUCAGUGGCGCGUCCGGAAUUUCCUCCUGGUUUGGUGGGUCGUUUCUUGGCUCAUCAACAUGUCCUAUACGUGUAAUCUCAUCGCUGUCCUGACAGUCCCCUCAUUCCCGAAGAAAGUACAGACGGCACAGGAACUUGUUGAAAGCAAAUACAGAUUGUGCAUGUUGGAUUACGGCGAAUUUGUCCCAGAGGCCCUGUCGACCUCCACCAAUCCUACUUUAGCAGCCCUGGGGAAAAAGUUGGAUAUGAUGCCCAUUGUCGACCACCUGGAGGAGAUAGGAGAAGAGACGUGCGCAGAACGCGUUGUAGCGGGCACUCACGCCCAUACUGAGACUUAUUCUUACGUGAAAAUCCUCUACAGCAAACUGGGAUACAAUUCUUUCGUGUACAGUUUGCAAGAGCAGCUUUAUCCUGGCUACCUGGCCUUUCUUGUGCACAAGAACUCUCCAUGGAAAUACAAAUUUGAUCAAGGGAUCCAGUGGCUGAUGGAAACUGGACUCCUGCUGAAGUGGUACCAGGAGUCAAUGGAAGAAUUUAUAGCUCCAGUAAAAGAGGACAAAUCUCUACAUCUACAACCUCUCUCCUUGGCUCAUCUCCAAGGCUGCUUCCUGACGCUGUGUUUUGGAUUCUGUGCAUCUGUUGUGGUGAUGGCUUGGGAGGUCGUCUCUCAUCGUGGAGCUGACUUCGGCAAGGGGGCGAACAACAAGGGGGACUCCACCACACAUUUGGAGGGUGACUGAAACGGAACUGCCUCGGUCAACUUUUGCAGUUUCUCGAGGUUUCGAGAAAUGUUGUGCGUUGGUUUCUGUCUUAAAUCGCAGAAGUUAAACAAGAGCAAAUUGUGGGAUAUAGAUGAUCUUUAAAUACUUUUUCUUUCAUUCGUUCUUUGGAAUGAGUUGAUAAUGACCCAUAACGACGACUGUUUCCGGUCUUCAUACCUUUGUCAGAAUACGUUUUAAGAGUAUUAUAUGUAAAAUUGUCUCUAUGUAAAAUAUGCAUUUCAAUGUUUUGUUCCUUUGAUGCUCUUAGAGUUAUGGAAAUAAACUGCUGUUAAAUCGC